AUGUCGACCACUGAAUACCUGAACAGAACCGAUAAGCGCUACAAAAUCGCAGCGUCCGAUCCCGAGAAAGCAACCAUAUGCUACCUCGUUCUUCCGACUCAAGCUGCACAAUGGGAGGUACAGCUCGAUCCGAUGUGUAGUAGUACUGACAGUGUCUUUGGAAGUUCAGCAAGCUCCAUAUUGGUCGAUCGCAACUCCAUGAGCCUGACUGAAGACCAUCAACGACGCUUUGCUCGGGCGCUGCUGCACCUUGGCUUGAAGCCGUCCGUACAUCCAUCUCAGCUACGUGGAGCUUUGUCUGCAACUUCUACUGUCAGCAAUUCCUCCACACCUUCGAGACAAGUGCCCUUCCCUACUACGAACCAGAACGUAUCUUUCGAGGAGAAAACUAAGAGAGAUGCCGCCACUACGGAACGCAUCAAAGGGUUGGAAAAGAGUCAGUGGCCGAAGCUGAUGCUGCUCGUCGAUCACAACUUCGAUGAUCUUCGAUGA